AUGUUCCAUUAAUUUUCUCAAAUCUCUUCAAAAAGAAAAAUCACCUCCCUUUUUUUCUACUUGAUGAACAAAUUAGACCCAAUCUAGAACUUGUUUUCAUCCAAAACAAAAUGGGUUUUAACAUUACCUCCAUUAAAACCUCAUCAAAUGGAGCUUGGCAAGGUGAUAAUCCACUCAAUUUUGCCUUCCCUUUGUUAAUAGUUCAAACUACUUUAAUCCUUGUUCUUAGUCGUUUCCUAGCUUUCCUUCUUAAACCCCUUCGUCAACCUAAAGUCAUUGCUGAAAUUGUUGGGGGAAUUCUUCUUGGACCGUCAGCUUUUGGUCGAAACGAAGAUUACAUGCAUCGGAUAUUUCCGUCAUGGAGUAUGCCGGUGCUUGAAACGGUAGCGAGCAUUGGACUGCUUUUCUUCCUUUUCUUAGUAGGUCUGGAGCUCGAUUUAACAUCAAUCCGUCGUAGUGGCCGUAAAGCGUUCGGUAUAGCCUUCUGUGGCAUAUCAUUACCCUUCAUCUGCGGCUUUGGCGUGGCGUUUAUCCUCCGGAAAACCGUCGACGGAGCCGAUAAAGUCGGGUACGGCCAAUUCAUAGUUUUCAUGGGAGUAGCACUUUCCAUCACAGCUUUCCCAGUCCUAGCACGUAUCUUAGCCGAACUCAAAUUAUUAACCACCCAAGUUGGUGAAAUCGCCAUGGCAUCCGCCGCUUUCAACGACGUAGCCGCAUGGAUAUUACUAGCACUCGCCGUCGCUAUAGCCGGAAACGGGUCGGGUCAACAAAAGAGCCCAUUAAUAUCAAUCUGGAUCCUUCUCUCCGGCAUGGCUUUCGUCAUUUUCAUGAUGGUACUAAUCCGACCAGCCAUGAAAUGGGUCGCUCACCGUUGUUCACCGGAGCGAGACAUCAUCGACGAAGCUUACAUUUGUUUAACACUAGGUGGUGUAAUGGUCUCCGGUUUCAUCACUGACCUUAUCGGAAUCCAUGCAAUCUUUGGUGCUUUUAUCUUUGGAUUAACGAUUCCUAAAGAAGGUGAUUUUGCUGAGAAAUUGAUACAAAGGAUUGAAGACUUCGUAACGGGAUUGCUUCUUCCACUUUAUUUUGCUUCUAGUGGGUUGAAAACCGAUGUGGCGAAAAUCAAAGGUGGGGAAGCUUGGGGAUUAUUGGCACUGGUUGUAACCACGGCGUGCGCCGGUAAGAUUAUAGGAACGUUUGCGGUGGCGUUAAUGUUCGGAAUGGCUAUCAGAGAAUCGUUGGCGCUUGGGAUUUUAAUGAAUACUAAAGGAUUAGUUGAACUCAUUGUUCUCAACAUUGGCAAAGAGAAGAAGGUACUAAAUGAUGAAAUCUUUGCUAUAUUAGUUCUCAUGGCACUUUUCACUACCUUCAUCACAACCCCAGCCGUUAUGGCCAUUUACAAACCGGCGAGAGGUUCAUCCGUCCUCACUCACCGUAAACUCCGCGACUUAACCAACACCGACGAAUCGAAAGACCAACUCCGAGUCCUAGCUUGUCUCCAUGGUAUUAGCAACGUACCAUCAAUCAUAAGUCUCAUUGAGUCAACCAGAAGCACAAAGAAAUCCCAACUCAAGCUUUUCAUCAUGCACUUAGUUGAACUCACUGAACGUUCAUCUUCAAUCAUAAUGGUCCAUCGGGCUAGAAAAAAUGGGCUUCCUUUCAUUAACAGGCUUAGAAGAGGAGAUUGGCAAGACCGAGUUACCGGAGCUUUUCAAGCUUAUAGUCAAUUAGGUAGAGUCUCGGUUCGACCUAGUACGGCUAUCUCGGCUUUGUCCACUAUCCAUGAAGAUAUUUGCCAUGUAGCUGAGACUAAAAGGGUUACAAUGAUAAUUUUACCUUUUCAUAAACAAUGGAGGGGACAAGGUGACUUGCAAGUAAUUGAUAAUGUUGGACAUGGGUGGAGAUUGGUUAACCAAAGGGUGUUAAAAAAUGCACCAUGUUCAGUGGCUAUACUAGUGGACCGUGGGCUUGAUAAUGGUGCUCAAAGGGUUUGUAUUCUGUUCUUUGGGGGGCCUGAUGAUAGAGAAGCUUUGGAAUUAAGUGGUAGGAUAGCUGAACACCCUGCUGUUAAAGUGAGUGUUGUGAGAUUCAUUGAAAAAGAUGGGUUACAAAGUCAUGGUGUUGUUUUGAAGCCUUCAGCUAGCAAGUGUGCUGAAAAGUAUUAUAGCUUCUCUACUGCCCAUAUCAACACUGAAAAAGAAAAGGAAUUAGAUGAUGCUGUAGUGGUAGAAUUUAGAAGCAAGUGGGAUGGAAUGGUGGAGUAUAUAGAGAAGACAAGUAGCAACAUUGUUGAGGAAGUGUUGGGACUAGGACAAAGUGGGGAUUAUGAUCUUAUAGUUGUCGGAAAAGGGCGGUUCCCAUCACGAAUGGUGGCGAAAUUAGCCGACCGUCAAGCUGAGCAUGCUGAAUUAGGGCCGAUAGGGGACUUGCUGGCAUCGUCAAGUCACCGUGUUACGUCGUCGGUGUUGGUAAUCCAACAACACGAUACGGUGCAUGCGGAGGAAAUGCCGGUGGCAAAGGUGGAACAAAAUGAACAUGAUAUGGUUAAGGGAGAUGGGGAUGCAGGCAUGGGGGAGAUAUCAAAGGUUGUGUAAUAGGAAUUGAGGUCAGUAGUUGAUAAGAAGAAUAAACAAAAACCUUGUUGCUAAAUUAGGAGAGGUAUAAUGAUAUGGGUAGGAACAAGUAGAGCCUGUCCCAGGUUUGUGCAAAGGAAUAUUUUUAAUGCAUUAAAAGCUUGUUGAUAAAUAAAACCAUCAAUGUUAAAAUUUAAUAUUAUUUAUUACAUUUUACCUGUCCUGCUUAAA